UUUCUCCGAAUCUCUUUUAUGGGAAACCUUAAAGCAAUCAAUUGAUAAAACAUCAGCGGUUUUUCGGACUUGGGCACAAAAGAUUGGUCUUGUUUUACUUUUGCGGAUGAUUUUCCGGGUAUUCUCUAGAACUUCUUCUACGUACCACCAUAACAUUCGUCUUCUGAGUUCAUCAUCAACCAAAAGCAAAAGCAAGAUCUUGUGGGACCCAACUGUGUCACUCGACCUCAAUCACCAAACUCUCGUUUUGCUCGAGAAAUGCAGUUCCAGAAAUCAUUUCAAACAGAUUCUGGCCCUGAUGAUGAGACUUGGGCUCACUGGGCAGACAUUUCCAAUGAGCAGGCUUCUCUUUUUCUCAGCAAUCUCACAUCGCGACAACUUAGACAUGGCGAUCCUCCUUUUCAAUCAUUAUACCCCUUAUCCCAAUCUAUAUAUCUAUAACACCAUGAUUUCAGCCUUGUCUUUUUCCAAAAGAAGAUCGUUUUCUUUGUACAAUUCCAUGCUGAAUUCUGGUAUAUGCCCAGAUAAACACACCCUCCUUUACCUACUUCAAGCCUCACAAUAUGUCUCAGAAGUGAAGCAAAUACAUGGGCAUGCCAUUGUGACAGGUUUUUUCUCAUAUGGGUACUUGAAAAAUUCACUCAUCAAAAUGUACUUGGGAAAAGGGUCAAGAAGACUUGCUCACCAGGUGUUCUGCGAAAUGUCAACACCGGAUGUCGUCUCGUUUAAUAUCAUGAUUGUUGGUCAUGCCAAGGAGGGGCUUUGCUCUGAGGCCAUCAAACUGUUUCAUGAAAUGACGGGAUUCGGUCUUAAAGCGGAUGAGUUUACGAUGUUAGGACUUUUAGUGUGUUGUGGAGUAUUAAGAGAUGUGAAACUGGGGAAGUCUGUUCAUGCAUGGACGGAGAGGAGGAAGAUUAGUAGUUCUGUUCAUGCAUGGACAGAGAGGAGGAUGAUUAGUAGUUCUUCUUUAAACUUGAUCUUGGGUAAUGCUCUUCUUGACAUGUAUGUGAAGUGCAAAGAACUUGAUACGGCCUUGAGGGUUUUUAAUUCGUUAUUGGAGAAGGAUAUUUUUUCAUGGAACACAAUCAUUGCAGGGUGUGCCAAGGCUGGGGAAAUGGAACUUGGUUUAUCAUUUUUCAAUGAAAUGCCUAGGAAAGAUCUUGUUUCAUGGAACUCAUUUAUUGCUGGCUUUUCUGAGAAGGGUGAUUAUAAGAUGGUUAUGAGUCUGUUUAAUGCCAUGGUCGCGGAGAAUGUUAGGCCCGAUAACAUCACGAUGAUAUGUUUGGUCUCUGCUGUUGCCGAAAUUGGAGCGCUGGACCAAGGGAAGUGUAUACAUGGCUUGAUUCUUAAAAUGCAAAUGAAAGUGGACGCAUUUUUGGGUUCAGCGUUAAUAGACAUGUACUGCAAGUGUGGCAGUGUUGAAAGUGCUUUCUUGGUUUUCCAACAACCAACGAAGAAGGAUGUCACCGUAUGGACAACAAUGAUCAUGGGAUACGCGUUACAUGGUUAUGGCAACAAAGCCCUGGAUCUGUUUUUCGAGAUGCAGAGAUUUGUAAUGCCCAAUGAUGUUACUUUUGUUGCUGUUCUCACAGCUUGUUCUCAUUGUGGUUUUGUGGAUGAAGGGCUUAAUCUAUUUUACGGCAUGAAAGAAAAAUUCAGUAUUGAACCAGGAGUUGAGCACUAUGGCUGUUUGGUGGAUCUUUUGGGUCGAUCGGGUAGGUUGGCGGAGGCCAAAGACGUGAUUGAGAAGAUGCCAAUAGAACCGAGUCGAUCCAUCUGGGGAGCAAUGCUUAGUGCUUGUAGAGCACAUGGAAACAUGGAACUUGCGGAGAUAGCGUCAAAAAAGCUGCUCAAGCUAGAGCCUGAGAAAGAAGGUGGAUAUGUCUUGUUAUCCAAUAUAUACGCUUCCUGUGAGAAGUGGAAGCAAUCAGAUAUGACUAGGGAAGUCAUGGACUGCAAGGGAGUGAAGAAGACUGCGGGUUGCAGUAGUGUCAUCGUCGAUGGACUUGUUCAUAAUUUUACGGCUGCAGAUUCGCGUCAUCCAAGAUGGCUAGACAUCUUUUCUGUUCUCCAUUGUCUAAAUGGUGAAGUGAAGCUGGAUAAUGAUUUCCCGUUAGACAUGCCAAUAUUCAUGGACCCUUGUUGACUCCUUUUGAACCUUGAAUGGACCAGCAACUGUUACCUACUGCUGCUACCGGUGGGUUCUGUCCCAAGUGAGGAGAGCCAAUAGUGCCAGGAAAUCAAGUUUCGAAAAGGAAUUGCUAGCUUUGUCGAAGAUCAU